UGUGCACAGCACGUGACGGAAGCGUACUUGUGUUCUCGCAGACUAUCGGAGUGGCGGAACUGCCUGUGGGCUCGUUGAUUCGUUAGCCUUGAGCUGCGGCAAAAGUGUUUUUGACGCUCCUUCGUCGGUGAGCUCGGAAAUUCACCGUGCUCUGCGACAACGUCCGGAGUCGCGAACGUUGCAACGUCUGGGAGUGCGACCGGGUCCAGCCGAAGAUUGGUACAGUGAAUCUAGGAAUGUUUUAAACCGAGUCUGUUCUCUGUUCGGUGUUCCUCGGUUUAGAAGAGGACGAGCCACCGCCAGCCGUAAGUGCAUGCAUCACGUGCCGGUUGGUGGUUGAUUCUUCGAGUUCCACGUGACUGUGACGCGCGGGUGCUGUUUCUUUUUUUUUUUUUGCGGACACUGUUGAACGGAGCCAGCGGGGCCAGUUGCCGUGUUGGUGUCGAAAGAAAGGCUUUUUGGAACGUUGUACUUGUGCCACGUGACGCGAGCUGCUUUACGCGUGUGAAGCUAUACAAGCCGUGAACCUUGAAAGUGAUCGGAAUGUAGCGACGGCGGGCCAUAGUUCAAAACUUUCGAAGCGGCGGAGGCUUCGAGCCGGCCGGAUUUUCGUUCUCAAGCCUUAGGAGACCUGACCAAGUUCAGCCAGCUGAAGGACCACUACCGGACGCGGUACGAGCAUGCCAGCUGCCUGUUCACGCGGGACUCGCGGCCCCAGCGGGUGCGCCAGCUCUACGAGCACGCCGCGGCCACGCCUGCCCUGCACGUGAUCCGCGGCGCUGCCGUAGACGAUGGGUGGAGCGGCGCCGAGGACUCGCCCCGGAGACUGUUCCUCUGCAUGCCCGUGUGGGGAGACGCCUCACCGCGCGCCAGGAACGUAGACCUCGACAUCGAGACCCGUAGGCCUGCUAGCUUGGUUACUGCUGGCCAAGAUGCGCGAGACAGUGGAGCGGAGGAGCUGUUGACGUUGCCGUCUCCCGAGGAGAAAAUGCACGCUUUGUCCUUGGAGUACCCGGCCGUCGUGGUUCCUAUCGACACAUCAGAGAGCAGUUUCAACCGCUUGUCAUCAGUGCGGAGGUCUUUGAUACAUGUUGACUUCCUGAUAAAGCGAAAGAAGCAUCACAAGAGAAGAAACACAAUCUCGGACGGGAACUCCAAGGAGAUCGUAGAGGCGCUUACCAGCCGCAAGAAGUCUGGCACGUUGGUCAAGACGGAAGCCCUGAUCCAUAGUUCGUGCCAGACAGACGACGACCUGCUCCAAACAGCGACAAGCACCAAAUCUAGCGGGCGAAGUGGCGGGGGCGCCACCAGCAAGCGCCGUCCCGAAGAGAGCCCUUCGUCUGGUGAGCUCUCAUCCUCGUCAUCCACCACAACCGAGACAAACGUCAACAGCAAACCCGAAAAGCGACUGUCCUUCUACGAAGCCAUGAAUUUUAGCAGGCUUGGCCGUGACUGGAAGUUCCUCAAGAAGUCUGGCAAGAACAAGGAGGCAGACAGUGGAAGCCACGGGGUGGCAAAAAACGAGACGGGCAGGGCCGCGGAGAGCGGCACGUCCACUGGCGGGAGUGAGAAGAAGAAGCGAUCGUCUUCCCUGCUGCCCAUCUCCACCAACUCCGGUGCAAUGACGGUGGCGGUGAAGCUGCGUGAAACAUCAGCGCGGACGUCGGCCAAGGGCGGUGAAGACGGCCAGUCGUCGAGCGGCAACUGGAGCGCCAGCAGCAGCACACGGGCUUCUGUGGAUUCAGACCAGCACCACUCAUCGGGGCCGUCCCCCGAUAUGAUCCCGCACAGCCACUCGGAGAGCUCUCUGGGCAGAGACUCGCUCUUCUCGGACAACACGCACCACAGUACCGAUGGGAGGUCUCAUGAUGGGACAACACCCGGUUAUACAUCGGAUGUCUCCGUUGCCCUGACCGCAACUACACUUGCAUCGUCUUGGAAGCAGCCAGGCCAGGGUCCACUGACUGCCCGCUCUAACAUGAACUCCACUUCAACUGAUCAAGAAAGCCAUUCGGGAACCAUAACACCCGAAGCUUGUCAUUCUGAUUCCAAAUCAUCUUCAUCGCCUGGAACUCGAAAGAUCAGCGUUGGCUCAGACCCAUUUACUAAUCCGAUUGACGACGGCGACUCCUCUGUAUACUCAGUUGACACUGAUGGCUAUUACACAUCAAUGCAUACAGACAGUGGCCUCAAGCAUGGCCUUGCCAAGUUUCCCGGUGAACAAAAUGGAGAACUAGGUGCUUCCGGUGACAGGGGUUCGCAGACGUCUAUAGACACAAUUGGAAACCUGAGUCUAAACAGCUUUCUCUCGCAGAAUGCAACCGACACGGGAACUGACAACUGCUCAAUUGCGAGCACACUUACGCAACGGUCGAAGGCACCACCGCUGCCCCCACCAAGGUUGUCCAGCGUGAGAACCCUGUCACCAAUUCCUUCACAAAAGGAGAGCUCUCCACCGGUGUCUACCGGUGAUAUAUCGGAAUCGGAUUGUGAGGUUGGUGAACGGCUGAGGAGGAAGACAUCCAUUGGCUCGUUCAGGUAUCCUUCCAUAUGUGCGGUGUCUCCUGAGCCUAGCGAUGAAGACAGCUGUCGUCUAGAUGUGGAGAAGCGAGCAUCUGGGCAGAACUCUCCCUCAUCUGAGCCUAACCCCUCUUGUGCUCCGAGAGCAGGAAAUGAGGUUCCCAAUCCACCUUCUGGUGCUGUACUGGCGGCAGAAGCAAAACAUGCCAACAUGGACAAAGAGGCAGACGAAUCUUCAGCGAGGCUCAACAUGUAUGGUGUGCAGUCUGCGCGAGACGUGCCAUUUCUUAACGCAGUCGUCUCUCAGCCAAAUGCGCCCCUUACACCCCGGCCUCAACCUGUGCUAGGUUCAUUCUCAUCUGCUGACAGUGACCAUACGCAGGGAGCAUUGCCCAACACUUCAAACAGAAGUGAACUUAAUGUAGGAGUACCAAGUGUGCCACGUGGUAGUGAGAGAAAGCAAAGCCCGGUGCAUGCACCAGUCAAAAAGAUAAAUAAGAGAGAGACAAAUAAAAGUUCAGAGGCACGAACUACACCAACUGUACAUGGCAGCUCAGCAGCUGUGACUACCAGCAGAAAGGAGCAGGCGGGAAGCACAAAAACUUCUGCCAGUCCUCAGGCUGCACAAUCGCCUAAGCAAGGAACUCCAUCACCCACCUCCAAUCCAUUCUACUUGAACAGACCAUCCUCACUUAUGAGCAAGACAAGAUCACCGUUCCUCUCCUAUCUGUCUAAAAACUCUUCUCCUCCAAAGACCCCAACUACACCAAGCCCACCAUCACCUGCCAAGUCAGCAGGUCGCGAUAUGAAUGUCAAACAGCUCACAUUGAGCGGCACCAGCCGCAAGGCACAAGAUGAAGCCCACUCUUCACCCGAGCCUUCCAGUCCGCAGAGCAGCCCACAGACAAGCCCACAGACAACGCCCCCUGCUGUGCCCCCUCCUCCACCUCCACUUACCUACAGCAGCCGAGUGCUAGAACAAGGAUCUACAAGACAGCCGAGUGCGAUCAGUGAUGCAAACAACGACUUUGCACAGACACCUUCCUACAGCAGGGCUGGCGCGAGAGUGACUCUAGAUUCUGAAGGCAAGGUAAUUUACAGUUCUAAUUCGCUGGGAAGGCAUCGUGACGGCUACAUGAUGAAGUGCCCCGUGCAGCAUGUGCCUUCAGGAAGCACUGGUCUUCCGGGUAAGUGCAUGACCUUGCCUGCAUCGAUGCCUCUUGCACCCGGCUUGAAUCAGCGUGCUUAUGUCCGGCUGGACCCUAGCGGCAAGGUGGAGACGUACACAAGCAGCACGAUUCCAAGGACGCGGUACUCUGUGUCUGGUGCCGUGACGUCUCCCGACACAAGGCCACUUUUGCAGUACAGGGAUGGAAUGUUUACAUUGAACAGUCCUCCAAACAGCACAUCCACACCAAGCACAAGGCCUCAGUUUCCAUUGUCGGGAAGGAGCACACCGCAGCCCACCACAUCGAGUCACGUUCAUGGCACCGUGUCUGGCAGGAGCACGCCUCAACCUUCAGCAUCGGGUUACCUGAGCAGUCAGUCUUCUGGAAGAACUACUCCAGUUCAACGUCCUGCAUCCAUUUCGACCCCGUAUUCUAACAGGCCAUCCAGUGCAAGCACUUCUAUCUCUGAAAACUCUUCAGGUCGCGUGACGCCUCUGCACCACUUUUCACCUAUCAGUGUCCCAUCGACAACUUCACCCGGGAGAAGAACUCCACUGCAGCCUUCUCCAAGGGAACCGGUAGGGCCCAGCUGGGUGUCGGGGUUGCCAGCUUCUCCGCCGACAUCAUCUACCAGCCCCUCAAACGCUGUACAGCACAUGCCACCUUCGCACAUGGUUCAGGCACCUGUGCCGCACCUUCAUCUCAGUGGCAGGACCACUCCAGUGCACCAGCACUCAUCACCUACUAACAUCCACAUUCCAAGCCAUGCUUCCUUCCCAGCAGCACGCAGUCAUAAUGGUCGUCCUACUGCUUCCAGCCCGGUGUCUUCAUGGAGCUCUGGUCAGACCACACCGGUGUCUAGAAACACUGCAAGGACUCCAACACCAGUGAUGCAUUACCCACCCCAUGGUCAUCGAAUGGAGAACAGCGCUGCUUAUGCUGCGGUGCCUAGACACAUGCAGCCUCAGGCCUACAGGCACAGUCCGCAUGACGAGAAUUUGGUAAACGGAAGGAUGACGCCGGUUGAUACACAGCAUCACAAUUCUGCAAACCAGUACAACUUUCCAGACAGACCCAGUUCAGGCAUGAUAGCACAUGAUCACCUUGAUGGAAGUGCACCAAGGAACCAGUAUUCAUCCUACAUACCUAGGGCUCCAUACCAGCCCAGCCAAUCACUGGUACGGGGACCCCUUGGUCAGCAAAUCGGCAUGUCAGGAACUCCAAGAGGAGUUGACCCUAGAGGUUCGAUUCCUAACCACGCACUGCAUGCAUCAAAUGGCAUUCGCGAAACUCAUGCCUACAGUCAAGGUGGGGCCUUGCCCCACGGUUAUCCUUCUAACCUUUCCCGGCAAUCGCCAGUGUCAAGGAGCCCGAUGAGCUCAACCCGCCUGCUGGCACCUGACCAUGCUAGGGCAGAGUACAUGCAGUCUGCCCAAAAUUCGGUUCCAACGGCCUCAUAUGGACAGGGUCCUCGAAGCUCUCCACAGCCAAUUCACAGCAUGCAGAAUUUGAGGCAACCACAAAGCAUUGCUGGACCAGGCCACUUCGGAUCAAGGACAGCCUUCGACAAUCAGAGGCAGAUGACAGGAGUGUACAUUCCAAGCUCACCGCAGAAUUCCUACCAGGGCGCCAACCACACUGGCAUGUCCAUGCCAGGCACAAUUGAGCCACCAUAUAGUUUACGAGAUCUUCGUAAGGAAGGUUCCCCCACAGCACUGUCUUCCACAAGCCUUUCUAGUUCUGGAUCGGAGAAGUCCCCAGACAGCAGCAGUAGCACGUCAAUCACCCGUGAGCUGGCACCACGAAAACCUAUGUCCACAGAAGAUCUCUUUGCCGCCAUUCAUUCGUCCAAGAAAAAACAUGGCAUCAGGACUGACACUGAUAUGGCCCAGUCACCAUUGUCAUCAAGAUCAAGUUCUCCCCUGGUUGUAACGAGCCGCCCGAGCACGCCAAGCCGGGGUGGCCUUGCUGAGACUGGUUUCCUGAGCCCACGUGGGGCCCGUGACCGUCGCAGCUGGUCGGGCGAUGUCACUGCAGCCCGCGUCUGCAGCCCGCUGGAGCGGCGGUCGCUCGCGAACGACCGUCUGGGUCCUGCCAAACCCACGAGCCUGCUUGACUUCAAGAAGCUUCUCCUACAAACAAAGACGUCCAGCAGCCAGAACAACUUGGACAGGAAAUCAGCCGUCGAACUGCUCAAGCCAGGCUCCUGUGGCAGGAAGGGGAGUGGCGAAAACUCAGUUCGGUCACUCCCGACGUCGCCCGUUAACACCCCUAGCCCGGUGGAAAAUCCAAGCAGUAGCAGCGCUAGUGGCCAGGCGGCAUGGACGUCGACAGUGCCUUUGAAGCGGGGCGGCCGAUCGCGAUCGUCGCUCCAGCAUCGCUACGACCUCAUGUACCCACCUAUCUUGGAAGACUGUCAAGAGGAAGGGGGUGAGGGAAACCGAACCUCUGCAACGGCGGGCAGCAAGGUUGAUGGCGAUGCAGGCGUUGGCUCGGGAAGUAGUGUUCAAACGCAUUCCUCACCUUCGAGCACCUGGGUGUGAGUGUAUGGUGUAUGGCAUGAGCAGACUUGGAAACUGGUGUUGCACUCAUGCUGGUGCUUCUAAGGUGUUUUUUUCUUCUUCUUUACCGGUCUUUUGUUUACUUUUGAACCGACAGCUCGCUGUUGUCUAUACAUUACUGCCAAGGUUGUGAUUGUAAAGAGCUACAAGAAAGGCAAGAAAAAAAGUGAUUAGGACUGCUGCCUUGAAACAAGGUGAUCACACAUAAUGUUGUGUGUUUUGGUGGGAGAAAACAAUGCUUAGCUCACCCGUUUUCUGGGCUCUACUACUUCUUCACUUUUUGGGCUUCUGCAGUUUCAUAUUCGUUCUUGGCAGGCAAGCACUUUGUCCUGUGAGGCAGCUCUUUAAGAACUGUCACAUUUAUCGUUUGCAGCAUUCUCAAGCAGUCGUAGGCUGCGCUUUUCUCAAAUCAGCUAGACAUUUAAUAAUCAUCAUUCAUUGUUUAGUUUCUUUUCUGCUGCUUUUAGCACCAAGUCUUGUUGGUUUUAUUUUCAAACAUAGGUAGAGUACAAUCGGGUGUGUGUGUACAUUAUCCAGGAAGGUAGUUUUACUUAUAAGAAGGAUUAUUACUUUUUUCUUUUUAGCUUCUAUGCAUCAGAGUGGCUGGCAUAGAGGAGUGCGAACACAUUGAUAGCGUCAUGCAUUAUUUUGGUUGGAGAUACUUUUGCGCGCACGCACGCAUACACAAUGUUUGAAUGUAUAUGAGUGUUCGUUUACAUAGUAACUUGAGUUCAUAUCAUUUUGUAGUGCGCAGAUCAUUCCGGUGUCAUCAAAGUUUUACAUUACUGUGUGAGGUUUUUCACAUAAAAUCACUUCUUUUUUUUUAAGUGUAUGAAGUAUUAGCAGUGCAUGGCACAGUUACCAUAGGUAUGGGCUACUUUUUACCUCUUGACCCCAAUACUACUUGGAGGGCAGGCACUCCAUUGGUUCUUUAAUUUGCUGCACAUUAGGCUCAUCUAUCCACUUAUAUGCACAAGGAAGCAACCGAUUAGCAUCUUUGAAACUUGCUUAUUCUAUGUAAUGUUACUGCCAAAAUUGAGAGGUUCUUCGUUACUGAAAUUGUUAAUGUACCAACUGUGAGGUUGUGCUGUGUGGGUGUGUAAUAUUUAUGUGGUAUUCAAAAAAUAUUCAUAUGUUAUUUUGGAGUGCCUAACGCUAAUGGUCUUCAGUAGCGCUCUUUAUUUACGUUUUCCUGCUGAUGCUGCUGUUUAUCUGCAACGAAGCUGCCAAGCUACAUCGUAAGAAACUUAACCGCACUUUAUACCUACAGUGAUGACUGCUUGCUCCAUAGGCCCAUAAAGAUAUUAGCUUGCCAUGCAGUUUCUCUUAGCGUUGAAUGAACUAUGUAUAUAAAGCCAAUUUAUGUUACUCUUAUUUAUGCCUUGCUGCAAUUAGAAUGCAUUCUGGUGCUUGGUGUCAUAGAAACCUUCCUAUUUUUGCCAGAGUGUAGCGAAAUUUGGAUGUGUUGUUAGGUUGUGUUAUUCAUUUUGGGGUAUCAGUACCAAAGGCUGGAUUAGGAUUAGACCUGUAUACUAACUCCUUAUGUGAUUACAAGUGAAAUACUUGUAGAAGUACUUCACUUGUACUCAUUAAUUCAGAAAGUAUCUAUGGUACAUAUGCUUUUGGCAGUAAUUACAUUGUUUUGACCCCUCGUAGCUCGGUGAAUUACGUCAUUCUGCAUACAGUUGCUGCCUGUUUGCAUGUUUACACAAUGGUUGGAUGCUGUUCCAUUGUAGUGAUUUCACGACGCAGUACUUCCAGUUUUGAAAGUUCUCAUUACUGAUUGUACCUAAAUGUGGUGACCUGAAUUCUUCCCAAUGAUUUUUGUUAUGGGAGUAGGUAAUGUCUAAGGGGAACACUUGUGAAUCAUGACUACUUGGGUAUUAAGGGUAACCUUCUUAAAUACUUUUCAUGGUGAAGCUUCACAUUGCAGUAACAGAAACUUUACGUGAAGAGAAUACAGAACACGUAAAGUUUUGACUAGUGCAAUCUACAGUUUCAACCAGAAAUAACUAACCCAGCAUGUCAUCUAUUCCUAUUCACACUGCUUCUGUAACUGUCAGCAGAGAAUUUUAGCUUGUCCCUAUACACAUUACCCUUCACAGAAUAUACCGGGUAACAGGAGAUGUGGACGGCAGUAGUAAUGCCGGUAGCGCAACCUUGUGACACUUUGUUCAACCACACUAAAGUACGAACAUUUUUGUUUUGCACGAGUGUUUCUGCCAAAAUAAAAUAAAAAAAAGGAGAGAACUGCAUGUUGACGAUUAUGUCACUGCAAUAGUAGCGCUUUGUCCUCGCCAAUUUAACUAUGUGGCACAAGAUGGAGCCACCGAUGCUCAUGCCAGGGCCUCCAGUAACUUUGUAUUCCAUGAAAGGUAAUGUGUACAGUGAACAAGCUAAACCUUUCUAGCGAGUGCUUUCACUUCUCUUUACUUGCCUCUUGCGGUGAUGUGCCGUACACAGCAUCGUUUCACCUUCUUUCCCUGGGGUGUGCCCGCACGUCAAGCAUGUACUGCACCUCAUCGUCACGCUGAACCUAGUGUCGGAAACUAGGUUUGACAGUGUGACUUCAUUGUCCUUUCCCAGUAAACCCGCGACUGGUCGCGUGGAUCGUUUUACGUUUUUUUUUUCUUUCAAGCGGAAUCACAGCAGGGACAUAGAGCCAUGUACGUGUGUGAGUGUGGUUGGAAUCAUCACUUAACCUUCAUGCACAAGAUGUGGUGUGAGUGCGUGUCACUGCAAGGAUCAUGAAGAAGGAAGCUAGCUGGGUUGAAAAAAAAAAUUCCAGCAGACCUUUGCUUGCGAAUGCCUGACUGGAAGCCACUGCAUAGCUUUUUCUCUCCUUCGUCUGCAUUUGUUUGCACAAUGGAUCGUGGUUUCAAGGAUGCCAAUGUCUUUUUUUUUUUGUCUUUAGAAUUUUGGUAUGCGUAACCUAUGGCAGGUGUAACUUGGUGACCCCCUAGCUGAGGAGAAUGCGUGACACAUUUGUUGAUUUGGCCUGUGUACAAACCGCUUUAGAUUUCAGCACAAAGCACUUUGCAGGAAACGACCAUCAUUAAGUCAGUGUCUGCAUGGGCACUUAGUUUAAUAAUUAGGCUGACCCCCAAUGUUCACAUUCUUUUUCCACAUAAGGUACCAUCUUCUACAUUUGGGAGUGGAAAGCAACAGGUUUCUUCAUCUUAGAUAGCAGUCACUGGUCUUUCCUAAUGCGCCCAUUGAUGUCUUUUCGCAUGAUAAUUUCAUUAUCAUGUGCUCCUGUCAUCUGCUCGAAGGUGCUAAAUAGGAGGCCCGCUUGUUAAGUAAAUCCUCAGAGCUGGAAUUGUGAAGGAGCGUUAUGGAAGCACGAUGACUACUUCAGUAAGACUGUGGCACUAAAAUUCCACUACGAGAAGUGAAGCUGACAUUUCAAGUGUAGGAACCUUCAAGAAUAAUCGGGUUAAGGUUGUGAAAAUGCAAUUAGAGCAAUUUUUAACGUAUGGGUAUAGGGUGAUAUGAUAUCGGGUGAUAUGAGACAGCUUUGUGUCUCCCAAAGUGUGUCGCCCCCCCCCCCCCCCCCCCCCCUUGCUACAUUCAUAAUUUUUAGUUUCCUCUGUGUGUUAAGGUAAUCGGGCACUCAUGCAAGAUGUGUCGCCGACUCCUCUGCUAGCAUGGUCACAAAGUUACGUUUGCGCGUGCUCUGAUGGUGUAGGGAACCCUGUGCAUUUUCUAGUCUCGCCUCUACCUUUUUAAGCUUGCACUUCUAUUGCCGCAUGUCUGGCCGCUCUUUCUUGGAAAUUUCUGCCCAGUGUGCCUUAGGAACACCUUUUGCUUCGGGGAUAGCACAUGUACGAAUGUUGAAGAAGCGACUUUCUAUCCUCGUUAAAUGUUUUACCGGUUCUUUGGGAGUGAUGGUUUAAUAGCAGCUACGUUUACUUGGGCAGUUGCAGGGGUAAGCGGGAAAAAUUACGAGAUGCUCGCAGGGAUGAUCCUGUGGUAGGGAUCGCUGUGAGCCCUAGAAAUAGUGUACAUGAGAUACAGACUUAUUUUUAUUACACAUCCAGGGUCUUGCUCUUCUCCGGUGGCAUUGAACAUUGUAUGUAAUGUUAGAAGCAGUUGGUGUCUUCAGCCACAUGCGAAUUGACGUUUCACGGAGGUGGCUGUAUCAAAGGUGAUGUCAGCUAUGUCCUUAGAAUCACUUUUAAUCAGCAUUAAAGAGCAUUUCAUACAUA